CUGAGAAAAAAAAAGACUCAUAAAAAGCAUUUUAGUAAACAUUCUGAGAUGAAGAUAUGAACAACACACACACCAUGGCUUCUUGCUUCCACCCUCCUCCUUCUAUGAGCACAAACCGCCACGAAGAAGACUCAAUCAUACUCUUCUCAUCCUCAAACUCCCCCGACGAAUACUCCUCAGCUUCCUCUUCCUUCUCCUCUUCACCGCUCCCAACACCUAACCGCUACUCCCUAACCGUCGCUAACCUCUCUUACACCAUCCACCACGUCACCAUCCUCAAAUCCGUAACCUUCACAACCGAACCCUCAAAACUCCUCGCCGUGGUGGGCCCCAGCGGAACAGGCAAAUCCACACUCUUAAAAAUCAUUUCCGGUAGAGUGAGCCACAAGGCACUAGAUCCCGCCUCCACCAUUUUAAUAAACAACGGUAGAAUCAGCAACAACAAUCAGUUACGGAGACUGUGCGGAUUCGUCCCUCAAGACGACGAUCUCCUCCCUCUGCUCACAGUCAAAGAGACGUUAAUGUACAGCGCCAAGUUCAGCUUACGAGACUCCACGGCGAAGGAGAAGGAAGAGAGAGUGGAGAGCUUGUUGAGAGACCUAGGCCUCGUUCUAGUUCAAGACAGCUUCGUUGGAGAAGGAGACGAAGAGGAUCGCGGAGUCUCGGGAGGAGAGAGGAAGAGAGUCUCGAUAGCCGUUGAGAUGAUCCGCGACCCGCCGAUUCUUCUCCUCGACGAACCGACUUCCGGUUUAGAUAGCCGGAACUCGCUUCAGGUCGUUGAGCUUUUAGCGAAUAUGGCGAAGACGAAGCAGAGAACCGUCGUCUUCUCGAUUCACCAGCCUAGCUAUAGGAUCCUCGAUUACAUCUCCGAUUACUUGAUCCUCUCGCGCGGAUCGGUGAUCCACUUCGGGAAUCUCGAGCAUCUCGAGGACUCCAUCGCCAAGCUAGGGUUUCAGAUUCCCGAACAGCUGAAUCCGAUCGAAUUCGCGAUGGAGAUCGUCGAUUCGUUACGCGAUUCGAACCAAACAGACUCCUCUCGAUCUUUGCUAUCAUCAUCGUCAUCGAUCGAGAACGAGAACGAGAACGAUAAUACGAUAGCUAAGAAGCAAGAGUUUCGCAGUCUCUUCGACGUAGCGGAGAUCUCAUUCCUCUGCUCGAGGUUCUGCAAAAUCAUCUACAGGACGAAGCAGCUCUUCCUAGCGAGAACGAUGCAAGCGGUUGUUGCGGGGUUAGGCCUCGGAAGCGUUUACACGAGACUCAAACGCGACGAAGAAGGCGUGGCGGAGAGGCUCGGACUCUUCGCCUUCAGCUUAAGCUUCCUCUUGUCCUCAACGGUCGAAGCGCUUCCUAUUUACCUCCGAGAACGCCGCGUUUUGAUGAAAGAAGCGUCUCGUGGAUCGUACAGAAUCUCGUCUUACAUGAUCGCGAACACUAUCGCGUUUGUGCCGUUUUUAUUCGUUGUAUCGCUUCUAUUCUCCAUACCGGUUUACUGGAUCGUGGGUUUAAACCCGUCGGUUCAUGCGUUCUCUUUCUUUGUGCUAUGUGUCUGGCUUAUAAUCCUCAUGGCUAGUUCUUUAGUGCUCUUCCUCAGCGCGGUUGCUCCUGACUUCAUCUCUGGAAACUCGCUUAUAUGCACUGUUCUUGGAGCGUUCUUUCUCUUCUCAGGUUACUUCAUCCCUAAGGAAAAGAUACCGAAGCCGUGGAUGUUCAUGUAUUAUGUUUCUCUGUACCGUUACCCUCUGGAGUCGAUGCUUGUGAACGAGUACUGGAGCUUGCGGAAAGAGUGCUUCUCGGGAGGGGACAUGGGGUGUUUGAUGACGGGAGAAGAUGUGUUGAGGAAGAGAGGGCUUGACAAGGACACAAGGUGGAUCAAUGUCGGGAUAAUGCUUGCCUUCUUCGUGUUCUAUCGUUUUCUUUGCUGGGGGAUCUUACUCCGAAAGUCUUAUUCCAAGUCGACUCUUUAGAAUUAUUUUUAAUUCUAUACGAAAGCUGCAUUAUACCAAUUGUUUUAGUGGACCAUUAAUACCUACUUCAAACGAUUUUCAGAAACGCGAUCA